AGGGGAGCGGACCCAUCUCAGAGAAGGACGAAUUUGCCUCCCUUUUGGGAAAAAUACUGCGCAGCCGGCUUCGACCUGUCCGGGCUAAAACGUGUUGCUUCCCUUGCCUGUCGUGUCGGUUAAGAUACGGAAUGAAACGCUUCCCCCUCUCCUCAUAGAGAAGUGGGAGCGUCCAGGCAGCUGCUAAUAGACGGCCAAAGACUAUGUAUAACCAAACGGGGGAGGCGGAUGGAGAGUUAAAGACCGAGUGAGAGCAGCUGGGAGCAGCCCGGGCAGAACCGGGGCAACCGAGGACUUCUCUGCCUGGAAGGGUCUCUUGCGAUGUACAUAAGAUUGCAACACAGUGUCCAAUACCAGAAAAAAAAACUCCAGGCAGAAGACUUGCACGAAAUAAACCUGCAAUAAAUAUGGAUCAUUAAAUGAAUAAUAUUUUCUUGAGGGAGGGAGAGAGACUCUACAUUCUGAAGAGUUCUAUCAAUUCUAUCUGCUACAUACUUCUUAAAUGAUCUUCAAUAUACAUAUUGAACGUGUAACUGCCAAUGAACUGCAUCAAAUCCCACAUAGGAAGCAACUCUUGAACAGAACUAAUUCUCAAGUCCACAAAGAGGGCACCUUCUCUACAAUUAAUUGGCUGUCAAUUCAUUGGUAGUUUUGAUUAAGAAGAUUCCUAUGGAACCAAGGAACAUCUGGAAAAUGUUCAUGUUGUAAACAGGAGAUUCAUGCUUGCAUGAAGUAUUUGUUGACUCAUUGCCAGAGCAGUUUAAUAAUUGCAUGACUAUAGGACUGCAUCUACCUCUAGACAAUUGUGAUAAUUUCAUUUGGUGCUUCCUUACACAGGCUCUAUUUACUGGAUCAACAGAAGUGAUCCAAAAUGCCUUUCACUGAUGAGCAGAGCAGUGACUGUGAUUCUUCAAGAUCUUCAGAAAGUGCAACUUCUUCAUCUAGUGACUCUGAAUACUCAAGGCAGAGUUUUACCAGUGAUUCUUCAAGCAAGCCCAGUUCUCCAGCCUCAACAAGCCCUCCCAAAAUGGUUACGUUUGAUGAAAUGAUGGCAGCUGCAAGGAAUCUCUCAAACCUGACUCUGGCUCAUGAAAUUGCUGUAAAUGAGAAUUUUCAUUUGGAACGCAUAGAGCACCCACACAACAGCUUGCCUGGAAGGGUUAAACAAAUUGUACAUAAAGCAUUCUGGGAUGGCCUAGAAGAAGAUUUGAAUGAAGACCCUCCUGAGUAUGGGCACGCAAUCAAACUGUUUGAGGAAAUUAAAGAGAUCCUUCUUUCUUUUUUGAAUCCGGGGGCUAACAGGAUGCGCAACCAAAUUUGUGAAGUCCUCGACACAGACCUUAUAAGGCAGCAGGCUGAGCACAAUGCAGUUGAUAUCCAAGGUCUUGCAAACUAUGUCAUUAGCACUAUGGGGAAGCUGUGUGCUCCAGUAAGAGACAAUGAUAUCAACCAGUUAAAGCCCACUGGGAAUAUUGUAACAUUGUUGAGGCAAAUAUUCCAUGUUCUGGAUCUCAUGACAAUGGAUAUGGUUAAUUUUACCAUUCAGAGUCUUAGACCUCACCUUCAGCGCAACUUGAUAGAUUAUGAAAGAGCAAAAUUCCAAGAUAUACUUGAAGAAACUCCAAGUGCCCUAGACUUGACAACCGAAUGGAUAAGGGAAUCAAUACAAGAUGAAUUAUCUUCUAUUUCUGGUGAAAUGUCAUCAUCCCCUGGUGCUAAUGGGAUCUCAAAACCAAACCUUAGUCCAACUGUGCUGUUAACAAACAGCUACCUGAAACUGUUAGAGUGGGAUUAUCAGAAAAAAACAAUUCCAGAGACACUAAUGACAGAUGAAACUCGCCUUCAAGAAUUAUCCAGGAAAUUGAACCAAUUGAAGAUUGUAGGGUGUAUUUCUCUAAUAACAAGCAACAUGUUACCUGCAGUUAUUGAAGAUAUUCCAGACUUAGUUGAGAAACAAAAAAGAAUUUCUUUUGUUUUGCUUGAAGGAAUGCAUAAGGAGAGUUUUGAUUUAAAAGAAGCUCUUAAUACAAUAGGUGUUCAGACAUGUAACGCAGUAAAUGAAUCAUUCACAGAGAGAGGCUUUCAAUUAUUAAAUAAAGAAGUUCAAGCAAAUUUGGUAGGUCAGCUCUGCAAUAUUGUUGAAGAAGACAAUGCUGUCAUCACCUUAAUUGGUAAACGAAUUCAUUUGUACAUGAAAAGCUUGCUUGCUUCUCCAUGCUUUCAAAAAUCUAUGCCUACAGUUCCUGGAGGUCUUGGUGUGAUUCAGAAAGAGAUAGAGACUAUUGGAUCGCAGUAUGCUAGCAUUGUUAACCUUAAUAAACAGGUUUAUGGACCAUUCUAUGCAAAUAUUUUUCGAAAAUUGCUGUUCAAUGAGACCGAAACAAACAAAGCAGAACUUGAGACUUCUUCCAACUGAAAUAUGUACAGCUUCUUUUUUGUUCCCUCCUUUUCACAAUAUUUAUAUUGUGAUCUGCAUUCUUCUUUUUUGACUAUGCAUAGCUUGCAGUGAUGACUGUUAAUGGAAGACAGAGAGAAAUGUGUCUUUAACAUUAUACAGAUUAUAGUCAAAUAAAUAAAAGUUCCCUCCAAAUUAAAGCAAUUACUAAAUUUUUUUUUUUUUUUAAUUGAAAAUUUUUAAAUUUUUACAAAAACAAAUCCCCUUCCCAUACCCCCCCCAACCCUACC